GAAUUAUUAAAAGAGGGCGUGGCACGGUAUCGGCUGUCUAACUGUAAAACAUGAUUGAUCACUAAAGGACCAUUAAGUUUUCGAAAAUAAUUAAUCUCUUAAGGUUUGACUGACACCUUCAGAGGCGUUCGUAUAUGAGGAAUUAUUAGUUCAGUUUCGAGUCAUGUCGAAUCCGCAAUUUCUUUCACCGGGUUCCGCGGGAGCCGCGAGAAGGAAAAGUGACUCGAUUAGGAUCGUGACGCCUGCAACGCACAGACCGGAGGAGGAACCCGAUGACGAGUUACUGGAAAAACUGGAUAAAUAUGAUAAUUUUUACGAUACGACCAAGAGUCUGUUGGUACUGUUUCAAAUUAUGGGGGUGAUGCCUAUUGAGAGGAUGAAAGGGAAAACUGUGUUCAGAUGGUUCUCGGCGACCACCUGCUGGGCCUACUUCAUCUUCGGCCUGGAGACCGUGUUCGUCAGUAUCGUUUUCAAGGAGCGCCUAGUCUUAAUUUUAAAACCCGGAAAACGCUUUGACGAGUACAUCUACGGGGUGAUCUUCUUAAGUAUAUUAAUACCGCACUUCCUGUUACCCAUCGGGGCUUGGACCAAUGGCUGCGAGGUUGCCAAGUUUAAGAAUAUGUGGACGAAAUUCCAAUACAAAUACUUCAAGAAAACUGGCACCCCGAUCGUAUUUCACAAUUUGGGCCUGAUCACUUACUCCCUAUGCAUCUUCUCGUGGACCAUCGGUAUAGCGAUAAUGCUGGCCCAGUACUACUUGCAGCCGGACAUGCUCUUAUGGCACACGUUUGGUUAUUAUCACAUUUUGGCAAUGCUCAACUGCUUGUGCAGCUUGUGGUUUAUCAAUUGUACCGCCAAGGGACGUGUGGCCGGAUGGUUGGCGGAAAACCUGCAUACCGCCUUGCAAACUAAGGAUUCCGCUAAAAAAUUGGCUGAUUAUCGAGAAAUGUGGAUCGAUCUAUCUCAUAUGAUGCAGCAAUUGGGUAAAGCGUACAGUGGCAUGUACGCCCUGUACUGCCUACUGGUACUGCUCACGACCAUAGUAGCGACUUACGGGUGUUUAACCGAAAUACUCGAUCACGGGCUGUCAUUUAAGGAGGCCGGUUUGUUUGUCAUCGCCUUCUACUGUUUCACUUUGUUGUUUAUCAUUUGCAAUGAGGCGCAUGCGGCCUCGAGGAAAAUGGGUCCGGAAUUCAGGGAACGACUGUUGAACGUAAAUUUGGCAGCGGUGGAUCAACGUACCGUACAGGAGGUGCACAUGUUUUUGACCGCCAUCGAUAAGAACCCACCUAUAAUGAACUUGAACGGAUACGCUAACAUUAAUCGGAAAUUGAUUUCUUCUACGAUUACCUCGGCGGCCACCUACUUGGUAAUGCUCAUGCAAUUCCGCUUAAGCUUAAUGCGAAAUGCGGCCAUAGCGGCUCGGAAAGCGAAUGCUUCAAUGACUAAUUCCACUAUAACUGAUUAAGUACGUUUCGGGUCUAUUAUAACGCACAAAAGCGAAUAAAUCAAGUGGCACGUAAUGGACUUCUUUCUGGCAUU